AAAAACUAUAAGAAAAUGAAAAUAAACUCAAAAUCAAUAUUUAUAUCGAACAAUAACCAAAAUUAAAAAAAAAGACACAAAAAUGAGAAACAUAUUGAAGAGGAUUGGCACAUGAAUGUAAACCUCUCAUAACUAUAAUUAACUUUUAAAUUGCUAAAUCAUGAUAUAAACCGAGCUGCCAUAGUUUCAUUGUAACCAAAUAGCAGACCUGAGAUUCUUGGCCAAAACAUUAGGUUCUUAUGCGAUAAGUGAUUUUUUGACCUAAAAUAAUUUUUAAAAUGAGAUUAGCUCACCAGUAAACAAAUUACGUAAUUAACACAAAAGUUUUUAAAAAAUUGUUUAAGGGCCACAAAUAUUUAUUCGAUCAAGAAUAUAAAUUUUAUUUUCCAUACGAUAUUUUUUAAAUAAUUUUCUAUAAAUUCACUAUGCCAGGGCGCAUGUCUUAUCCUAUUCUAUAAAUAAAGAUCAAACCAAAAUUACAAGGGCAUUUUUGUCAUCACAAAAUAAAUUUUACACAAAGUCUCAUUUUUAAAAACGAUUCAGGUUUUUUCUAUAUGGAUUCCUUAUUUGUUCUCCUCAAAGCUUACCUACUAUGUCGGGGGCGACAACAACAUCUUCUUUGAUCUCCUUCUCGGCAAAACCAUCUCAUCACUCAUUCUCAAAAUCUCCACUAGCCAUUUCCAAAUCUCCAUUCCCUUCUCCUUAAAGCCCCAAAAACCCUCCUACCAUCGCUGUCAUCCUUUCUCCUGCACCGCUGUUCUCAACUAACACAUCAACAUCGCAAAUUCCUCUCAUGAAAAACCCACCAAGAAUACAACUUUCAUCUCCCGAUUCGCUCCCGACGAGCCCCGCAAGAGAGCCGACAUCCUCAUCGAAGCCCUCAAGCAUCAAGGCGUCGAAACAGUCUUCGCUUACCCAGGAGGCACAUUCAUGGAGAUCCACCAACUCCACGAUCAGCAACGUCCUUCCUCGUCACAAAAAAGGAGGUGUCUUCGCUUCCUAGGGCAUUUCUCGUUCCUCUGGUAAAUCCGAAAUCUGCAUCGCCACUUCCGGUACAGGCGCCACCAAUCUCGUCAGCGUAUUAGCCAACGCGAUGCUUGACAGUGUCCCUCUCAUCACAAUCACUGGACAGGAGGUGCAAACGCUUUUCAAGAGACGCCCAUCGUUGAGGUAACGAGGUCUAUUACGAAAUCAUCUUUACUUUUUCUUGUAAUUGUUAUUAAUAGAAUAAGAUUAUACUCGAACUGAUAUAGAUCCGACAAAACUGAACCGUAUCCAAUCGACAAAUUCUAAUUUUCCAAAAAAUCCAAACUUAACAGAUGAAGAUCCAAAAUAGGCUUGAAUAUAGUAUCCGGAAUCUACUAGAAAUUAAAUAAAAAUCCGGGUUCGGUCUGGAUCUAUGCUAAAGUAUAUGUUGGGUCAUCUUUCUUCGGACCAGCGGAUCUCAGUUUGGGUAUGGAUCCUAUCUGAGAUUUGAUCGGAUAUCCGAAGUAUCUGAAACUUAUUGCAUAUAUUAGGUAUAUUUGAGUGGUAAUUUUAGUAAUUCAGAUAAUUAUUUUUUUAAGUUUUGGGUUUGAUUAUAAUUUUUGGUUCGGGUAAAAUUUUAGACUAAAUUUUGGGUAUUUUUUAGGGUUUUUGGGUCUGAUUUUGGGUAUUUUUCGAGUUUUUGAAUGAAGUUAGGAUACUUCGGAUCUUUUUUGGGUUUUCGAAUCAAGUUUGGUUACUUCGGAUCCUUUUCUAGUUUAAAAUAGUCGAACUAAUCCGAACUCAAAAGAUAUCUGAAAAUUACAGGUGUUUUAUGGAUAUUAGAAUUUUAGAUCCGAAUCAAUCCAGAUUCAAUCGGAACUGUUCGGGACAAAAAACUUCAAAAACCCUAAUUGGGUCCAAAUGUCAAGGACUCGGUUUUUGAUAAUAAGAAGACGCGAAUGUCCAAACCUAAUUCGACUGACCGGUUAGAUUUAGUAAAUAGACACGUUCGAGGAAAAAGAAAAUUAACAUUUAUUAGUGAUUUGCAACCGCCUCAGAUCUCUGUCGAUAAAUAGAGCAUGCGAUAAACUGGAACUAAAAGAAAAGAAAAGAGAAAAAACAUGGGCUUAUUUGUGAUAUAACCAUAAAAGAAAAGUUAAAUUAGUUUUGUAGAAAGAGGUUAGAGAGAAGAGGAGAGAAGAGGAUGAUUUUGGUUAUAUAAUGAAUUAGUGUUAUAAACCAAAAAGUGGACGACUCAUAACCGGCCUGAACCGGUCGUACCGCACCAUCUGUAUCAGAUCAUAGUUGGCCAUGUUUUUCCUAUGCCUUAUGUACUUAGGUUUUCAUUUUCCUAGUUGUGGUUGUUUUCCUUUUUACCUAAGGAUUAGGAUUAGGACUAUUUCCUUUUUACUAUGACGGUCUAAACUUGUAUAUAAGGCAGCUUCAGGUUGCGCAGGGUGUGAUAGAUGGAUCAAACAGGGAGAGACUUGAAAAGUUCUCUCCGUCCGAAGAUAAAUCAAAUGGUGUUGGUGCAGUAGAGGCGGCGAUGUUGUCUUUGUCCGUUGAAGAUGAAUCGAAAGGGAAGGAAACUGAAAAGGCUAUAUUGUCUUUGUCCGAAGCUGCCGAAAGGAUCGAUCCCUCACAUUUUGCGGCUUGCCUCGACGAAGUAUUGAAUGAGGGUUGGUUUCACCCGGAGGCGCAGAUGUUGGAAUUAAUCAAUUACUAUGGGAAUGUACUUUCCCAUGUAUCGUUUCAAUGGGUCACCAUGUUCGAGGAGUAUCCUUUAUCCAAGCUCAUUGAUGUUCCGAUAUCUCUUAUUCCUAACCCUGUCUACCAAAAAUCUAUCGAUUUCAUCAACACACUUCCGUUUGACACACUACCUGCCUUUGUACUAUGGUCCUCUGAUCUCAUUCUCACUGAAUGGCCUCGAGUUGUCAAAGUUGAACAACGUAAUUCUAACAAAUCUAAGGUGGCAACAUUUGUUGUAUUGGCCAUGGCAUUGCGUACUCAACCUGAUGCCUUGACUCUGGUUUUAACAAAUAUGAAGGAGAGACCUACAUAUCAAGGCCAGGACAAGCUUCCGCUUAUAAUUUGGAUGAUGGCUCAGGCCUCCCAAGGUGAUUUAUCUGCUGGCUUGUUUUCAUGGGUACAAACCUUGCUGCCACUAGUCGCUAACGAGUGCUGCAGCUCUCACUCAAUUGAUCUCAUCCUGCAAUUUGUUGAGAUGAUUUUGUCCUCGAAUCCAGAGGCUCGGGCUGUACUCCUAAACAAACCUCUUAGGCAUGGAGUGCGACUGCUUCCACAUUGUUUUUUUGAGAUGUUGGUGCGGCUUACAUUCCCUGCUCCAUCCGCUAGAGUAGAGUCAACACAGAGGUUUGAGGCUAUUUAUCCCUUGUUGAAGGAAGUAGCCCUUGCACCAGAUAUUACUGCAAACGCACUGAAACAGAUAUUCACUUUUUCCUUGAAAUUAGCUGGUGGACAAGGUAUUGGUGGAAAUCCUGCUCUAGCCAAUGAAGCUACAGCGAUCGCCAUCAGUGUUUUGACACAAAACGUUGAUUGCUUUAAGCAAUGGGAUGUUCUCUACAAAGAGAAUCUUGAAGCUAGCGUUGCUCUUCUUAAUAAGCUUGUAGACGAAUGGAAGGAUCAUUCCCUCAAACUUUCAUCAUCGUCGAGUGAUACUCUCACUGUCAAGCAUGCUAUCAACAGCUUCAGGAUGAAGAACGAAAAAGCCAUCACUGAAAGUGUAGCCAAUCCUUCUCUUUACAAAGAAGCUGACCAGUCGUGCAAACUGAUCUCAAGGAGACUCUCCCGUGGCAUCGGAAUAGCACCCUUAACCGCUAUGGUUAUAGCAGCUGCAGGAGGCGCUGUUGUAGCCGGAGCCGCACAUGCUCUAAUCUAUCUUGCCAGGAGCAAAAAGUCCUCUUAAUAGAUGCUUAUCAGAAUAUUACUUGUUGGCUUCUUUUAAUCCCUUUCUUUGAAGCUAUUAUGAUAUAUAUAUAUUUUUUUAUUUUGUUGUGACAAUUACUGAAUCCUGUAAAAUAUCUAUACUAUUAAAAGAGAAGAAGUCUAAAAAAAUCUACUUAAACAAUUGUUGGAUCUAUUCACUAGAAACUUAAUAUUUAAUAUUUACCUUAAUCAAUUAAAAAUAUAUCAAUAUUAUUAAUAUGAUUUUUCCUAAUUUUUACUCCUAGAAUAUUUCUAUAUCUAACAAACUGAUUCCGUUAUCAAACGAAUUAAUUAUAAUGUGUCUCUAUUAUUCAAAUAAUCAUCAAUAUUACAUAUGUACAUCCACACCAUCUCACAUACUACAUCGUCGUAAAUUCAUAAGUGGUCUAAUCAAAUUAUAAACUGGUCUACAUAUAGAAUCCAUUAUAACCAUCCGAAAUGAUUUAUAUAGUGAUUUAAUAUUUUUAACUAAUUGUUAAUAUAUAUUAACAGCAUUUAAUUAUUCAUUAAUAUUUCCUAGAUUUAAAUUUGAAACAAGAUAUGACAUACUCAAAAAAUAUUGAUAGGUAGUAUCGAUUGUGAUUCUUAUAAAAAAGGGAAUAAUUCAAGAGUUACUUUCAAAAUUACAUUAAAUUCAUUUUACAUUAUAUAAUUCCAAAUAUUGACAAAAUAAAAUUUGAUAAAAACACUUUAGCAAACCAUUUGUUUAACAAAAAUUAUAUAUACUCCGUUAAAUUAAUUUCUAUAAAGAGUAUCAAUAAUAAAAAUUUGUUAUUUAAGAUAAACUUAAAAACUAUUAAAUAUCAUAUAAAUCUAUACUAUUAAAUUAGUCAAAAUCAAGUAAAUAAGUCUCAUCAACUUAAUAAAUACAACUCUUAUAAAAUACACAUAAAAUAUAAUAAGAGAGAGUAAGCAUGUUCAUUCGGGUCUUGGAGUCGGAUACAUAUUGUUUUUUCUCGAUUCCGAGUCUUUCGGGUCCUAGACAUUUGGAUCUAACUAGGCAUUUGAAUUUUUUUGGUUCAUGUUCAAAUAAGUUUACUUACUAUGACAAUUCGGCCCCAUAAUUCAGAUAUAUGAAAUUUUCAGAUAGGUAAUGGGUUUGAGUAUUUAAGACCCAAAAAAAUUUAAAGUACCUGAAAAUCCAAACAAAAUAUUUGAAUACCAGAAAACCACAAAGUUUAUCCGAAAUCUGAUCGAAGAACCAAAAAACACCCAAAAUUUUAUUCGAAUGCCCAGCAUAUAUUUUUAAACUUUGAAACUUUACUCGAAAUCUGAACCAAAAACUGAAAAAAAAAUAGUAAUACUAAAAACAUAUUUAAUAUACCCAUAUAUACUAAUAUACACAAAAUAUUUUAGGUACCCGAUUGGGACUCUGGUAGGAACUAGACUCGAAACAAGACCUGUAGGUCUAAAAGUACCCAAUAUGUACUUUUUUUGGACCCGAAUCCGAACCAAACAUGUAUGUUCAUGUCGAUUUCGGUUUGGUUUCUUAGGUCCCAAUAUCCCAUGUCUAAAUAGUUAUGUAAGAGUGUAUAUAAAAAAAUCUUAACUUAAGUAAUUCAUAAGUUAUAGUUUUAGACAUAUUAAUUCAUAUUAAAUUUUGUUAAUAUUCUAGAAAAAAUCCGCGCUUCAAAAACACGGGUCAAAAUCUAGUUGUUAUUUAAUUUCGCACCUACUCACGAUUAUUACUCAAGUAGAUUUAACUCACAAUUUUUACUCAAGUAGAUUUAAGAGAAAUUGUGUUGUAUAACCACCAAAAAAUUUAUCAUCAUGUAAUUAGCUUAAAAAAAUUGGACCAAGAUAUUUAAUGUAUUUUCUACAAUAUACCAAAGUAUCUUUCAAUAGAAUCGUUUCAUUUCGUCUUUUUUUUCUUUGUUCUCUUCCCUGUAAUUAACAUUUACUUUUUAUCUAGUUGUGUAAAUAUUUGUCCAAAAAAACUAGUGUAAAAAUAUUAUAAAUAUAUAUUAUUGUUUAUAUUUGGAUUUAGUGAUUGAGAUUUGUAUUAUUUAUGAGUUGAAGCAAUGUUUAGUAUUAGGGAUUGUAAGUGGGUUUUAAUCAUAUAAUAAUUCGACCAAAAGGAAGAAAACACUCAAUGUAUCUAUUUAGAUAGUAUAGUGUAAUAUUAUAAAAUAUUGUAUUUUCUUAAUUUUUUUUCAGUUGUGUAAAUAUUAUAAACAUAUAUUACUGUUUAUAUUUGGAUUUAGUGAUUGAGAUUUAAAGUUUAGUAUUUAUGGUUUGGGGUAAUAUUUAGUAUUAGGGGUUAUAGAUAGGUUAUAAUCCUAUACUAUUACAGUUUCUACGAUAAAAACGAACUUUCCGUAGUUUUUGUCGUAAAGUUUGAUUGAUGACUUCGAAUAACGAGAAACAUGAAAUGGUUCAGCUAUGGUUUUCGGGAGAUAGCAUUAAAGAGUAGACGAGAAUGCAUAGAUUCGUGUCGUAUCGACGUUUUGGGAAAGUUCGAUCGCUUCGUAAUGACCAAUGUGCAUGUGCUCGGUCACUAUGUAGUGACCAAGCUUAAUUCCGAACUAGCGACCGUGGCUUGAGAUCGCUAGAGUUUUCGAUUGUUUCUUGGGUCAUUUUAUUUUAGUUGAAGGGCUCAAAACUACGAAGCCCAUCAUAAAAAAAGAAUAAUUAGCGUUUAAGAUAGGAUUCGAUUAGGUCAGAAAUACUCACCCCUGACCCCUCCUACCCUUGAUUGUCACCCAUCUGAAACGCUAAAAUCACUUUCUUUUCCAUUGAACGUUUCUCUCUCAACCAUUGCGACGAGUGCUCCCUUCACACUACUAAACUCAACAACUCCUCCGAUCUCUGCGUCUCCUUCGCUUUACUAUGAAAGCUUGAAGCAUUUGAUAACUGAAAGACACCUGAAAACCUAUAAAUAGAAGAGGGUUGAGACUGGAAUCUAGCAUCUCAUACACGGUCUUUAAGAUUCUCUUUCGUCAAACCUUAGAUCAUUUUCCUCCGCUGCAAUUGCUACUCAAUCUGCUGCUCCACACACCGGCCACCAAAUUUUAUUUUUAGCUGAGCAUUGCUGCCAUCAAAGCUUUCAAAACCAGAUGGAAACGACAAUCACCGGAGGGAUACGUACGGUAUACGGGCUUUCGUAACCAUUUGUAAGGAAUACUACAUUAAAUCCAUGUUUUUCGCGUUUCUACUGUUUACAGCUUGAGAGGUGCGGCAACUGAGCUUUUCACAUGUGUAGAGACAAUGGUAGAGAUUCAAAAGAAAGAAUUUGUGACAAAUGGAGACAUACCUCUCCAAGUAAAACGUACGUAACUUUGACUAUAUUAUGAUUUUUAACAAUAUUGUAUCAUUUAAUCGCCUUAUUUGAUUUUUGUUAAGAUCCAGGGAGCUGACUUCCUGAGCAGGAUCGUCAGUGUGCUGCAGAAAAAUGGAUAGCCUUAUCUUUCUUGCACCGGCUGCAGCAGAAAGUUGGACAAAUCACAGACUUCGCUCCGGUUCAACAAAUGUGUCUCACCAAACCUGUGUUAUCAGGUUACGUGUUGAGCUAGCUGGUGACGAUGGUGAAGACAGUGAUAUGUUUGUCGUGUUUUACACAAAAAUGACGUAACUCACCUAGAUAGAAGCAGCCUCACUGGCUCUUCAGAGAUUCGAUUGACACCCUACAAUUUCACUCCCAACCACCUCACCUUCACGGUGUCUGCAAUUACUGAAGACGUGGCUGUGAAGACUCAUUCAAGGUUUCAGGUGAAAGCAUCAACAAGUCCUACAAGCGGCCGGCCAGAGUGACAACCAUCCACCUGAUUCUGGCAUCCCACUGUGAGUGAAUCUUAGGAGUGUGUGAAGCCAUCGUUCUUACCAAGUUUUCUUCUCAUUCGUUGCAAAUUCUAUCCAAUAAGUUUUUCCCUUUGUUUCAGUUUCUCAUGUUUAUCUUUUUUUUUUAAUUCUUCAACAAGUUCCUGCUGAAGAAAAUAAAAGUUUCUACUGGGAGCAGUGUUAUUUUCAUUUUAGUGAAGGGAAGCUUGAAAGCUAUUUACAUAUUUACAAACAUUGUCUGUUAUCUAUAUACUUUAUACACCUUACAUAGAUUUUAUACUA